AUCAACUCGGCUUGGCGCGUCAGCUUGCUUUGCCCACGAUUCCCUUCUCUUUAUCUCCCUCCUCACUCACUUCUCUCACUCUCUCUUUCAGACUCAGGCCUCAAUCUCUCUCUACUAAAAGAUUGUCAAAACUGUUAGCCAUGGAAGGUUCUAAAGUUGGUCUUGUAAAGGAUCUGCCACUGGGGUUGGAUCCAACAACCGAGGAAGAAUACACUUCUCAGUCUAACUUACUUGAAGAAUUCACUAAUAUCUCCAACAUUGAUAAAGCAUGGACUUUUAAGUCUGGUAGUGUAACAGACUCCCAGGGAAUGUUUUUAAUUAGUCAACCAAAUCUUCUGGCAAACAAAAGGAGAAAGUUUAUCCUUUCCACUCAAAUUACAAAAGAAAGUCCCACCUCUGUGAAUUUGCAAUGGGCUCCCUUUCCUGUGGAGAUGACAGGAGUGUCUGUAAUUGUUCCGUCGCCAUCAGGAACCAAGCUUCUUGUAGUUCGCAACCCGGAAAACGAAUCUCCCUGCAAAUUAGAAAUUUGGAGUCAGUCUCAAUUGGACAAGGAAUACCAUGUUCCUCCAACUGUUCAUGGCUCGGUGUAUACGGAUGGAUGGUAA